AUGGAUGCCGCGUCGGCGACGCCGCGGCGCGCGCGCGCGGACGCGGGCGAGGACGACGGAGGCGCGUCGACGUCCGCGGCGCGCGCGCUCGUGACGUGGGCGCGCGCGCGCGGGCGAGCGAUCAGGGACGGACGACGACGACGCGCGCGUGCGAUGGAAGAUGAACGGCGCGCGCACGCCGCGCGCGUCGCGCGCGCGCUCGCGAGCGAUGGCGGGUCGGGGGCGACGUCUGGGCGCGGUGGACGACGGGCGGCGCUCGUGGAGGCGCUCGAGGGCGGCGCGCGCGUGGACGCGGGGCGGGUGCGAACGCUGGCGAGCGACGGCGGCGUCCCGGACGACGACGACGGGCGCACGCGGGCGUUGGUGUGGAAGCUGUGCCUGGGAUAUCUCCCGGAGGAGCGAACGCGGUGGGCGAGCGUCGAGCGGGGACGACGGGAGGCGUACGAUGGGUUCGUGGAGGAGUUUUGCGCGCGCGCGGACGCGCGCGCGGCGUGGAUGGAGAGAUACGUCGGGGAUGCGAUCGCGGAGCAAAUCGACCGGGACGUCAUGCGCGUGCAUCCGGACAUGCAUUUCUUCAACGAUGAGGGCGAAGACGGGCGGCGGAGGAAGGAUCACAUGCGAGACGCGCUGUACGUGUACGCCAAGCUGAAUCCGGGAGUCGGAUACGUGCAGGGCAUGCACGAGAUGUUUGGCUGUCUGUAUUACGUCUUCGCCACGUCGAUGAAGGAUGAAUCGAACACGCGCGCGGCGGCGGCGGACGCUUUUUAUUGUUUCACGGAGAUUUUCAGUGAAUUUCGAGACGUCUUCGUCAAGGAGUUGGACGCCACGGAUCAAGGCGUGCGAGCGUAUUUAGAUGCUCUGAGUGACAUGCUGGCGACUCACGGUCCCGAGGUGCACGGUCACUUGACGAGCAUGAAUCUAUCGACGUCAAUGUACGCGUUUCGUUGGAUCACGUUGCUCUUCACGCAGGACUUUGAGUUCGCCGACGUGUUGCGACUGUGGGACGUCAUGCUCGCGUCGCCGAGAUCGAGGAUGGAGUGCUUACUUCGACUGUGCGUGGCGUGCGUGUUAAACAUAGGUACCGAGCUCAUCGAAGGUGAUUUCGCGACGUGCAUGAAGAUGCUACAGAAUUAUCCACCCGUGGACAUACGCCGGAUAACGAGACUCGCCGCGGCGCUUCCGUACGGGAUCCAACUAGACGCGUAA